AUGUCUCGCGGCGCAACGUCUGCGCCGGGUCCGCACCCUGUGCGCGAUGUCUUGCAGUCGAGCGGAUCGAAGAUCCUAAAGCUGGACGUGUCGUAUCCAAGCUUCGAGGCCCCGCAGUACGCCGAGCCUGUCCAGUCGAUCACGGGACGGCUGUGGCUGUACGAUGCGGCGCGCGAGGUGGUCGUUCUCGAGACGGGCGCGCAGGCCCCGCUCCCUGCAGCGCUGCGCAGCACAGUGGCGUCCGCCGUGUACGACGGCGCGCCAGCGCGCUCUCCGAGCGGCACCGUGACCGGCUUCAAGAUGGUGCGUGUGCCGCACAUUGUGCAGGCCGACAUCGUGCCGGACGAGGCGCGGCCUGCGAGUGUGCCGGCGCAGCUGACGGUCGUGCCGGGUGUCCCGAAGGCCACGAUCGAGGCGCGAGAGGCGGCCGCGGCGCGCAAGUGCUCCGAGCGCACGGCGCAGCUGGGCCCGCCCGAGGCGGGCACGCACGGGCAGUGGGUGUUCGACAGCCUGUGCAAAACCCUUCCGUGCCGAUGGCACGAGUCGCAUAUCAUCGUCCUGGACGAAGUCGUGAUUUCGGGUCCCCACUACGACGUGGCGUCCACCUACGUACCCGGUCUAUCGCAUGCGCAGCUGGAGCGGCUCCUCGCAGAUAGCAGCGACGAAUCGAUCGCACCGGGGGUCGAGCGCGCCGGUGCCAAGGCGCUCACUUGGCAGCGCGUCACGAAAGUGCUGGAGGGCGUGGGGAGCAAGCGCCAGCCAUAG